UCAUUUUCGACUUCCGGUUUUACUAACUAACAACAACAACAACAACAGCGACAACAACAACAACACAUUUUGUUUUUUCUUCAACAUGAAUUUUUGCCGUAUUAUUUCUUGACAUUUAUGUGAGGACGCCGACACAAUCUGAUCUAGUUUGAGGAAUGGAUUCUUUGAAAUGGCAGCCGGGGCAGGUGCUGAAGAUGGAGAAAUUAGAGAGGUGUUUACUGGGAUCAGAUGAGAUUCAAGUACCGGAGUGUCUGUUAGAACAAAAACAUAUAUUUCACAGUGUAAUGAGUCAGGAAACCUGGAACAAAGUCCUUACUGAAUCUCAGAGACAGCAUCUCAUGACAUUUUUACCAAAAUUUCCAGAGAAAGAAAAUGAGGAAAGGAGGGAUACUCUGAGGAAACUUUUUAAUGGAGACAACUUUAAAUUUGGUAACCCAUUACAAAAGUUUCAGUAUCAUCUUAAAGAUGGAAGCUAUUCCCCAGAUAUUGCUAAAUACACUAGUAUGAUUAGGAGGAUGAAGCAUCAGGAGUAUAGGAACAAACAGAAAAGAUAUUAUCACAAUCUGCUCAAAGAAAUAUUGCUUUCUAGACAGAGAGUGUUUGAUCAGCUGGCAGAGCUACCACCGGAUGAACCAAUCAAGUUUGAAUAUGAGCCUCCAAAACAAGUCAAAGAAAAUCCAAUUAAGCUGAGGGUACAGAGGAAAUACAAAAGGUACUUUGGGAAAAGUGAGGAAGAAUCGGAGCAG